AUGUCCGUCGACAAUACAUCGUCGAAACGCUGCCGUCCGUCCGAUUUCGAGUCUGAAGGAAACAUCUCAGCUGAUGUCGGAGAUGCUGUGGGCCAGAAGACACCCUUGAAGCGUCAAAGAACAGGUCCUGAAGUGUCGUCUACCUCGGCGGAGGAUUCGUCCACGAUCACCGAUCAGGCUUUAGGUGAAGCAGAGAAGGAGAAAGCUGGAGCAGAAAAGGCUGAAGAGGAUGCUAUAAAGGAACGAUACAAACAGAUUUGGAAUGAGUGGCUAGCUCACAAUGAAUGGAACCCUGAACAUGAUCGUUACUACAGGCAGAAGAUUGAAUGGGAGGUCGUGCAGCCUUCAGAUGCGAAAACUUUCUAUCGCUUUACUGAUGCAGAGAUGGAUACGUUACCCUACGCUAUGAAUCGGUGUAAUCCGCGGCGUCCAGGAAAGGCAUACAAUCGAUUGGAUUUAAUAAGGCUUGCAUACCGUAAAGAGGCUGCGCUGAAUGGCGUCAAAGGUGCGGUUCAUGGUAUGCCCAGGGACAAAAUGUUUAAGGAGGGCAAACGCUUGUUCGAGGCAAGGAUGAAGGAUCUUGAAAGCAAAUACUGGACUUUCACUGGUGGUAAAAGGAGGCCCAAUCUCAGGACAUUUACGGCUGUCCAACAUCCGGCUGACAGGGAUACCUCUGAACCAACGCGACCAAUUGGCACAUGGUGGGAGCGCGUAUGGAAGAACGGUCAGACGGUCGGCUGGUGGUUGGUUUGUCACUUUGAUCCCAAAGCUGAAGGUAGUGGGAGAGAUGAUGAUUUUGCUUCUCGUGAGAGAUUUUGGCCUAUUGAGAAGGGGUUGCCCGCCUGGGAUUCCGCCCAAGGCAACGUACCAUCCGUAGCCUUGAACUGGUUGAACCCGCAUGGGGAAUUCGACGAUUGA